CUCUAUGCGAGCUGUUGUCAUGCGCGAAUGCCGGGCUGCCGACCCCACCUCGUCGUAGCCACCGGAGUCCUGCAUCGGAGAAGAUGGAGGUCGAGGACGAGCCAAGGAUCUCCGGCUGCGGCCUCUUCCGCCGCCGGAGGUCCAGGUCCACCAGCUCCAUCCCCCGAAUCGUCCCCGACGCCGCGUCGAGGUUGCAGGACUCCUCGGCCGCUCCGCGCCGGCGCACCGGAUCCGACGUCACCUCGAUCGUCCCCGUCCUUCCCCCGGUUCCCGUCGUGAAGCCCCGGUCCCCGGCCCCAACCGCGCGUGCUGUGGCCAACCCCCGGAUGCCACCGCCGCAGACGACGGCGAGGUCGAACAGUGGAUUAAUGGCGGAGCUCGACGGUAUGCUUUACGACCGCCAUAACGCCAGCGACGGCGGCCACCUCGUCCGGGCUUCGUCCGGCAACGUUAUGGUCUUCGGGAACCUGGGCAACCUCCGUGGCAACGCCAACUUCAAAAAUCCUCCGACCGUGGCCAAGAACACCAAAGGAAGCCUCGGCAAUCCAAUGAGACCGUCGCCGAUUCCGGCAUCGGCACCGGCACCGGCACCGGCACCGGAGCUCUGCCGGGUUCUAUCGAGGAUGCUGGACCCGGAGGAGCUAAAGGAAAUGGGGAACGGGGAGUAUAAGAUGGGGCGGUUCGCGGAGGCGUUGGCAUUGUACGAUCGGGCGAUCGACAUGGAUCCCGGCAAGGCCUCCUAUUACAGCAACAAGGCCGCCGCGCUCACUGCCAUGGGCCGCCUCCUCGAGGCCGUCGUGGAAUGCAAGGAAGCCAUUCGACUCGAUCCCGCUUACCACCGGGCUCAUCACCGCUUGGCUACGCUCCAUCUCAGAUUGGGAGAAGCGGAGAAGGCGAUCCAUCACUUCAAGCAGUCAAGAAACGAGGCUAGCUCGGGCGACAUGGCGAGAGCGCAGGCUCUGCAAUCCCAUCUUUCCCGGUCCAACGAAGCACGCAGGUUGAAGGACUACAUCACCCUGUUGAAGGAAUCACAGGCUGCUGCUUCCUCCGGAGCCGACUUCGCUCCACAGGUCUUCGCACGGCAAGCGGAAGCGCUUCUAAAGCUCAACCGACACGAGGAGGCCGACUCGAUCAUGAGCGCCGCGCCCAAGUUCGGCAUGGAUGAGCACACAAGGUUCUUCGGCACCGUCGCGAAGGCGUACGUCCUCAUGGUCCAAGCGCAGGUCGACAUGGCUGCAGGAAGGUUCAACGACGCGGUGGCGGCGGCCAAGGUGGCUGCUCAGCUCGACCCCGGUAGCCGGGAGAUCGGGGCGGUGGUGCGGCGGACCCGGGCGGUGGCCGCGGCUCGCUCCAGAGGCAAUGAUCUCUUCCGGGCCGCGAAGUUCGCCGAGGCAUGCGUCGCGUAUGGCGACGGCCUGAGCCAGGACUCGCACAACGCUGUUCUCCUCUACAACCGAGCCACCUGUCGUUCCAAGCUUGGGCACUACGAGAAGGCGAUCGAGGACUGCAGCACCGCCCUUGCCGUCCGUCCUUCCUACAGCAAGGCUCGCCUCCGGCGGGCGGACUGCAACGCCAAGUUGGAGAGGUGGGAGGCAUCGGUGAAGGAUUAUGGAGUGCUGAUCCAAGAGAUUCCAGGGGAUGAGGAGGUGAGCAGGGCACUGUUGGAGGCUCAAGCCAAGCUGAAGAAGCAAGAAGAAGGCGAAGAAGAAGACAUGGACGACACAGAUCGGUGCUGAUGGUUUCGACUCUGUCACGUUGUUAUCAGUCGGGAUGACUUGUAUGCUCCUUCCUCUUGGCAAUCAAAUAAAGUUUUGAUGAUGAAUGAUAAUUCUUCAUUGUUGGUGGAAAAAAGCUGGGGGA